CACCAUGAGCAUUUCUCAGCGCUUACUUCGUCUCAGCCAACAGAGUCGUCAAGCUUGCUGGCCAUGACAUAGCCUCCAAUUUACACAUCUGAUUCUUUGAUCCUCUAUACCCACUAUGCCACCUCGAAUACCCCCCUCGACCGCUUCGCUUGCUCUUCCUCCUCCAUCCGUCCACACACACUGCAAAUCAUGUCUCAAUCGUGCUUUUUCCUCUACACCUGCCUCGCAAACGAGGCUACGAGCUCAGAUGUUUGCGUGGCUCCAAGGGCCUGGUGAAGUUUUUCGACGACCUUUAGCUGGAUCAACGAAUUACCUUUCUGCCUACGAUAGACGAGGGAAUCUCCUGCGAGGAAAAGAUCAACAAAGGCCUACUGGUGCUCCUUCUGAUCCUUCCGAGGCUCCAGAUAGUGAAGCUGCUCGAGCACUUGAUGCAGCCGCGGAAGAAACUCCGAUCCGCAAGGAAACGCAAAACGAUUUGAGACCUUUCCCCCUGAAUCGAUAUUUUGUCUCGGAAAGCAUACUUUCAGAAGAGUUGCAACAUGAGAUAUGGCGGCGGGUACAGGUACAACAGAAAUCUGUUCGUCAAGUCUCCAUUGAGAUGGGCGUGGACAUGCGCAGAGUCGCUGCGGUUGUACGACUGGUCGAGGUUGAGAAGAGGAUGAUUGCAGAGAAGAAGGACCUUGCCAUCCCCUACGCCAAGGCCGUCCACUCGAUGCUUCCAGUGAACAGGAUCGACGAGCGCACAAAGAAGCCCAUGGAACCUCACGAAUCCAUUAACGACCUUGAACAGCACCCUUUGACUUACCCUCAAAUAUUCUACCCUGCCUCCGAAUCUCGCGCGUUCAACCGUACCGACGCCGGUCGUGUCUUCAGUGGCGCACCUCGUCUGCCAGAUGACCAAGAUGUCGGACAAGGUGGGAAACCUGCCAAAGAAGCUUGGGAGGACAAGAAGCCCGAGUAUGUCGGCCAAGCAGGUCAUUCACACCCUAUCCUGAAGCCUGCCGAUUCGCGUAUUCCCCACCCACACUUGAUUGCAUUCGAGAAAGACAAGCUUGACCCAAAGUUUGCCUACGAUCACCGGAAGCGACAGGCUCGACAUUUAGCGCGUCUUGAGGAGGAUGCGCGCAAGAGCAAGGAAGCCAAAGAGAUCAGAGCCCGGUUGGAAGAGGAGAGGAAGAAGCGUAUUGACACCGGACGGUGGCAAUUCAUCUUUACAGACGUAACAGCAACGAGGGAAGGAACUAGGCUCGAUGGACGCGGGACGAAGAGCCCUGGUUUCAGGUAUGGUGUACCUUCGCAGGAGAGAAAGAAAGGCCAGGUCAAAAUUCCAACAAAGGUGGAGGUCUAGGAGUUCUGGAUGCAGUGUCUGGGCUUCAUGUUGAUCUCCUGGGCAGGCUUAGCCAUGAUGUACGAUAUAAAACCCCAAAUAAUUGUCCUGUGUACAUUAUCGAGGGCCUUGAACAGCUCCGCAGAGGCUAUGAAAUGAUAUUAGGCCGAAGGACUCUCGAAAACCCAAAU